AUGCUGCCAUUACUUCUCACCACAAGCGCAUUGGUGCUGUCAAGUAUUGCUUCCGCCCAGAAUGGCACUGCCAAAAAGACCUUAACUGGCCACAUUGACCGUUCGGAGGUCCUUUCCUUCGUUUAUGUACCGUUUGAAGUAGAGCUGGGAACGACCUCCAUCUACGUCCUGCAGAACUACUCCGCAAAGGACACUGGAAACGCUCUAGACCUAGGGGUCUUUGACCAACGCGGACAGACCCUCGAAGCCUCUCGCGGUUGGAGUGGAGGAUCUCGCAAUAACUUCACUAUUACACCGUCUUGGGCUACCCCAGGGUACAAUGCCGGUCCCAUCGAACCUGGUACCUGGCACGUCGCCCUAGGUCCAUAUACGUCAAUCCCCGCAGGAAUCGACUGGCAACUAGAUAUCGAACUGGGAUUUGACCCAGCCGACUCCUAUUUCGCAGUCGAAUCUGCAACAAUGAACAUGGAUCCUCUGUGCAAUGGUCUCUGCACGGAGGAUGCGCAAUGGCUCCGUGGUGACCUCCACAUGCACACCGUCUACUCUGAUGGGAAAUAUACACCCGACGAACAAAUUGAGAUCGCGCUUGAGCAGGGUCUUGAUUUCAUCUUCUUCUCCGACCAUAAUACGGACUCUAGCAACAAUGUCAUGGGCACGUUCCAGCACCUCGCGCCGGACUUGCUCAUCGGUCGAGCGAUCGAGGUUACGACUCGCGGCGGCCACUGGCAAGCCCUAGGGCUCGACCUGGGUCAAAUUGUCGAAUGGCGCUAUCAAGACAGCGAGGGCUAUACGCCGGCAGCCCAGGACGUGCGUCGGAGAGGUGGAUUAGUUUCUAUAAACCACCCGUUUGCCGAAUGUUCUGCCUGCAACUGGGUCAUUGACGACUGGGACCACAAUGAUGCUAUUGAAGUCUGGAAUGCGCAGUGGGAUGUCGUAGAUGAGCGAGCCGUGGCAAAAUGGCAGGAACUGCUCAUCGAUGGGAAAUUCACCACGGCAAUUGGAGGCAGCGACUGUCACUCCCCGCCUGCAUUGAACGGCGUGCCGACGACUGUUGUGCGCAGUCGCGGCAAAUCCCAAUCGGCUAUCAUUGAGGGUAUAAGGGCAGGCCGGGCGUACUUAGCCCAAGGCCCGGGGAUAGAGCUUCUCUUUAAGAUCCACCUCUCGUCUCUGUCGAAAACGGAUAUAGCACAAAUCGGUGAUAAGGUCACGGCGUCGACUGACGGUGCAAUGGCUGUACUUGACACGAAGGGCCUUGCAGGCCAGAAGGCUUGUUUUGUUACGGAUCAAGGAUAUGUCCAUAAUGAUACAGUACGACACAAUGGGAAUAUUGAACAGACUGUGCCGCGAGGAGCGAAGUUCAUGAGAGUCGAAGUUAGGAAAGCAACGAACGAUGUUAUGCUGGGAAUGACGAAUCCGAUUUGGUUUUUGGAAUAA